AUGGCUUGUAAACACUCUUUAUGCAUUGUGUGGGCCUUAUGGACUAGGCCUAUAUACCUUCACCAACUGGCCCAUUUACAUAUUCAUUGUUUUGAGCUCUUCUUGUAUUUUGUUGCCUUAAGCCCCAUACAAAGCACCGAAUCGAGAGAAUUAAAUGGCGAAGGACUCGGGAAUAGCCAUGGCAAGUUCUGCGCAGCGCUUCUUCGUCGUCACAACCUUCCUUCCAAUUCUUUCCAAACCCUGGCUUCUUCAAUCCCCACCGCACCAUCUCCACCGCCCACAGCAUCUCCUUCCACCUCCAAACCCUUCUCCAAUUCCCUCCACCACUUCCCCAACCCUCACUUUCUGCAACUCCGACCUCUCUCCUCCUCGCCUUCAGGUGCCUCUAAUAUUGUUGUCAUUAAGUCGGAGGAUGAAUUUAGCAGCGCAGUCAGCAAAGCUAAAGAUGGAGCUGUGCCAGCACUUUUCUAUUUCACUGCAGUGUGGUGCGGGCCUUGCAGGAUCAUAUCUCCAAUCAUUGGGGAGUUGCGUGAGCAAUACCCACACGUAACAACGUAUAAGGUUGACAUCGACGAGAAGGCCUUACAAACACUUUGGACGAGUUGAAUAUUUCCUCCGUGCCUACAUUCCAAUUCUUUAAGAUGGGGGAAGAAGGUGGCUGAAGUUGUUGGUGCUAAAGUUGCUUGCUCGAGAAACACUUUUAGAAAACGCUUCAAGCAGGAAUGAGCGAGGAUGAAUAAUCCGCGGCCAAAAUAAUAAAAAAAGAGGAUCCAGAAAUACUUGUGCAUAAAGAGGAGAAGAAACUCAAGUAGAUUGUAAGAAUUAUUUUGUGCUAGCUAGCUGAUUGUAAGAUUGGCCUUUCUACCGUUAACAGUUAACUUGUUCGACAAGUUUGGUUUUUGAAGCUCAAUCAAAUUUGUGUUGGUUUA